CUCGAUGGUGCCCUGUCCGAUCCUGCAUCCCUCGUCGGGACCUACAUGGACAACGUCCCUCUCAGCGUUUACAAAGACUAUCACCCCUUCGUUUCCCGCCUCUUCGAGGAGCCAUGUACAGUGUCAAACGUGGAGAAUUUGAUGGCACCUGGUAUACCUUACUUUAUCGCCCAUUCCUCGGGCACGUCCAACGGAGUGACCAAGCAUUUCCCCAAGUAUCGCCACCCUGAACAUAUGUCGACAUCGACGGCUGGGACGAUGGCAGCUUCUAACCCCGUUAGCAAACAUGGCGGAAAGAACUGCAUCGCGUUCUCGCUCGGACAUCGACAGGUUGUCCAACCGCUUGACCAUGAGGGGAACAUCGCCAGACGGAUACCUGUCUGUCUUAUGUCCACGGGCACCGUCCGAAUGCACAAUGAUAUGGCUGUGGAACGUGAUCAAAUCUACCAAUCAAUAAGGAUACCCAACAACUCGUCCCCCCUAGCAGUAUCGUACAUACCCAACUAUAAAUCUUUCCUCUUCAUGCACGCCCUCUUUGCAUUGCAAGAACCCAACAUGGAGCUCAUCAACACCAUGUUCAGCACCAUUUUCCGUGACUUCUGUCGCGUCAUCGAAGAACAAUGGGAAACGCUCGUACAGUGUAUCGAGGACGGUAAUGUUCCAGAAUUGGAAGCUACCGGGCCGUUUAUCGAGAACCUCAGGAGAUUAUUUGGAGGGCCCAACCCAGAACGUGCCAACUAUCUCCGGACCAUCGGUAAAGCUACUGAUGAGCCAGGCUGGCUCAAGAAAAUAUGGCCUGGCCUACGCACCAUAGUUGCCAUCUCCAGUGGUCCCUUCAUCACUGUGGUCCCUGAGUGCCACCAUUUCAUUGGCCCAGACGUCGUUAUGCAAACUUUGGGCAUCAACUGCAGCGAGGCAUUCUUGGCGCUUGCAUAUGAUAGCCGUGACCCGAGCCUUUAUAAGGUUGUAGGGUCGGACGAGAUCAUUGAAUUCUUGAAUGUUAAUGAGCCUGAAGAAGCAAAGAGCUUGACACAGACGUGGAACGUCAAGUUGGGCGAGAAGUACGAGGUGAUCUUGACUACAAGAGAUGGAUUCUGGCGAUACCGCUUGAACGACGUGAUUGAAGUCGUCGGGUUUGAUCCUACCGAUGGACAGCCCAUUAUACAUUACCUUGAGCGACGAAAUGUGCACAUCCGUUUAGCAAACGAAAUCACGACUGAGAAACAGAUUCAAGGAGCGAUAGCUGCAGUCUCGGACUCUCUGGGCUACGUUUCUGAGCUCUGUGUCUCCCCAGACUAUCGUCAGACCACUCCUCGCUAUGCGUUCUACCUUGAAUUGCAACAUAGCCCUGGAUCCGACGCCGAUCUCGCCCCAGCCAAAAUGCACACCUACCUUCAAACGCACAACCAAAACUACCUCAAAGACAGUCAAGCCGGCAAAAUAGGAGUGCCGAGUGUGCACAUACUGCGCAGAGGGACGUUUGGGGAGUACAGGGAGUGGAAGGCGCAAGUGACGAACUCGGCAUCAGGGCAGAUCAAGGUGCCGCUUGUCAUUUGGGACGAGGAGACAAGGCAGUGGUUGAGCAAGAUGGUCGAAAAGGAGUUCUAGAGGUGGUGCUGUUGUGUGGGUCGAUGCAUGCAUUUGCAUUGCUUGAACUUUUUUACCUUGGCCUAUUCGUUUAUCUUUGGAAAAAAUUUCGGUCACCUAAACAAGUACAUUAUACCAGAAGAUUUUAGAAACAUAAAACAUAUAGUAUCUAACUAUGUUAUUAUACUUUGUCUACCAGGAAAUAACCCUAGUUUUGUCCAAAGUACAGUGGUGGUCAAAAAAUAUCGACUAUAGCUGGUUUUUAUACAACUACGAUGGCGACUAGCAUCAGUAUUUGGUAAAUGGCUAAAACCACAAGUGGAAGAUUUGGAAUCCGCAUGUUAAGGAACGUUGACUGACAUGAUAAACAUUGUAUGCGUAAAGGUUUGAGUAGGGAGUAAAAUCAUGGAGAACUUGGAAGUCAUGUAAGAAGAGAGUUGAUUGCAAUUUUUCAUGAACGAGAGCAAUUACAACGGGAAUAAUUAGAAUAUGACAAAACAGAACAGUGUACCCAUGCUUCAGCUUGACCUACAUAAACUGUCUAACACGUGCAUAUCCGACGAUCAACAAAAAGAUUUCAUUGCGACAAAAGAAAAGGUAAAGAGAUACGGGUACAACUUUCAAACUGUCACAGAUGGAGACCACACGUUUGACGUUCAAACCAGGGCUUUUACCCCCUCCUCCCAUUCUUCUCUCGGAAGGCUUCCGACAGCUCUACAGACAGGGCAAGAUACCUCCACCUGUGGGUCUACUUUAUCCUCCCCACCCCAGCCAGCGACACGCUCUGCACUGACCAGGCACGAAGGAUGGAAAGUAUGCGGGCACACGCUGGUACUACCCACAGGUGCACCCUCUUCUUCACUGUCCUUGAGCAAAGGAUGGAUCGCCACCUGCUUCAUUAGCAACGCUGACAGUUCUGGGAAAGGAUCUUCGUCAGAUGGCCCUAUGCCACAGCUCAUAUCGAAACACCGCAGUCCUGCCUCACGCUCUUUUUGUUCGACGCGCUGGCGAAGUGAAGGGCCAGGUGCGGAAGGGAGCGUCCAUGUCUUCCGUUCACGACGUGGAGGCAUCGGGCGUGUAGGACGAGGGAACGGGUUGAAAAAGGCUCCACCGUUGAUAUGAGCAUGUGCUCGGGCUUGGGCAUGCGCCUGAGCUUGUGCUUGUGCUCGCUGUUGAGCUUGUGUCCAAGCGUCUGCUUGCGUUUGAGACAAACGUCGGGGACGUGGAGGAGAUUGGGGCUGAGUCUGAGUCUGAGGCUGAGGCUGAGGUUGAGAAUCACUUGGGGCAGGUUGCGACCCAGGGGUUCCAGGAGCCUGCGCUUGGAAGGCAGGCCGGAAUGGCAUUGCUCCAGCAAAAAAUGGAGGAGGGGCAUGACCCUGCAUACGCGUUACAAUCGGGGGGCCAGUAGCCCGUCCAUUGCGGAACAAACCUUCCACAAAUGAUCGGAUCUCCUCCAUCGAGGGUCCUCCAGCUGUUUCGUGAGGUGCAUCAACAAACAUGUCAACGCCGACGGUCACAAAUUCACCUAAUCGUCUCCCCUGGCGUGCACCAUCGUCUGGAGCAUUAGGGGCGUCUGGAGGAGGUUGAGCAUUCUCUGUAGGAUGUGGCUCUUCGGGAGCAGCUGGCAUAGGCUGUUCCAUAGCUGGGAUUUCGAAAGCGUCUAUUUCGACGUCUGCAGAUUCAUUUGGAUGUUCUAUUAUAUUUGUAAUUUCCUCUGCCAUACUCUCUAUAGAAACGGGCGGGCUUUCCGAAGGGACAGCAGGGGCUGGUGCGGAAUCAGUAUUCGUUGGAACGACACCUGCAUUUUGUACGUCUGCGUUGGCUACAGGAGCUGAUUCGAGAGGAGCAUCGUCAGCGACGGGUGCAGGUACAGAUUCUGGCGCAAGUUCGGGUGCAGAUUCUGACGUU